AUGAGUGUCUGGUUAAAUAAAGUUAACUAUGUUAGAGACUUGAAAAAGAUCGUUCUCUGCUUUUUAGUAGUCUAUCUGGCUAUGUUAGUGGCCACAGAUCAAGAUUUUUACAGUUUACUAGGAGUAUCUAAAACGGCAAGCAGUAGAGAAAUAAGACAAGCUUUCAAGAAAUUGGCAUUGAAAUUACAUCCUGAUAAAAAUCCGAAUAACCCAAAUGCACAUGGUGAUUUUUUGAAAAUAAAUAGAGCAUAUGAAGUACUCAAAGAUGAAGAUCUGCGGAAAAAGUAUGACAAAUAUGGAGAAAAGGGGCUUGCAGACAAUCAGGAAGGAGGCCGGUAUGAGAGCUGGCACUAUUAUCAUUAUGAUUUUGGUAUUUAUGAUGAUGAUCCUGAAAUAAUAACAUUGGAUAGAAGAGAAUUUGAUGCAGCUGUUAAUUCUGGAGAACUGUGGUUUGUAAAUUUCUACUCCCCAGGAUGUUCACACUGCCAUGACUUAGCUCCCACAUGGAGAGACUUUGCUAAAGAAGUGGAUGGAUUACUUCGAAUUGGCGCUGUUAACUGUGGUGAUGAUAGAAUGCUUUGCCAAAUGAAAGGAGUCAAGAGUUAUCCCAGUCUCUUCAUUUUUAGGUCCGGAAUGGCUGCAGUGAAAUAUCAUGGUGACAGAACAAAGGAAGAUUUAAUAAGUUUUGCCAUGCAGCAUGUUAGAAGCACAGUGACAGAAUUCAAAACAGGAAAUUUUGUUAAUGCUAUACAGACCGCUUUUGCUGCUGGUAUUGGCUGGCUGAUCGCUUUUUGUUCCAAAGAAGGAGAUUGUUUGACUUCUCAGACACGACUCAAGCUAAGUGGCAUGUUGGAUGGUCUUGUUAAUGUAGGAUGGAUGGACUGUGACACCCAGGACAACCUUUGUAAAAGUUUGGAUAUUAAAACAAAUACUGCAGUCUAUUUUCCUAGUGGAGCCACUUUGAAUGGUAGGGGCCAGAAAGGACUCCUGUUUCUUAAUUCACUGGAUGCUAAAGAAAUAUAUUUGGAAAUAAUGAAUAAUCUUCCAGAUUUUGAACAACUGUCUGCAAACACACUAGAGGAUCAUUUAGCUCAUCAUAGGUGGCUCAUAUUUUUUAAUUUUGGAAAAAAUCAAAAUUCACAUGAUCCUGAGUUGAAGAAACUGAAAGCUCUGCUAAAACAUGAACAUAUUCAAAUUGGCCGUUUUGACUGCUACUCUGCACCAGACUUCUGUAGUAAACUCUAUGUUUCACAGCCGUGUCUAGCAGUAUUUAAAGGACAAGGAACCAAAGAAUAUGAAAUCCAUCAUGGAAAGAUGAUUCUGUAUGAUAUACUUGCAUUUGCCAAAGAAAGUGUUAAUUCUCAUGUUACCACACUUGGACCUCAAAAUUUUCCUGCCAAUGACAAAGAACCAUGGCUUGUUGAUUUUUUUGCCCCGUGGUGUCCCCCUUGCCGAGCUUUACUACCGGAGUUACGGAAGGCUUCAAAGCAUCUUUAUGGUCAGCUUAAGUUUGGUACAUUGGAUUGUACAGUUCAUGAGGGACUCUGUAGUAUGUAUAACAUUCAGGCUUAUCCAACAACAGUGGUAUUUAACCAGUCGAGCAUUCAUGAGUAUGAAGGACAUCACUCUGCAGAACAGAUCUUGGAGUUCAUAGAGGAUCUUAGGAAUCCUUCAGUGGUCUCCCUUACACCCACCACUUUUAAUGAACUAGUUAAACAAAGAAAACCUGAUGAAGUCUGGAUGGUUGAUUUCUAUUCUCCAUGGUGUCAUCCGUGUCAAAUGUUAAUGCCAGAAUGGAAAAGAAUGGCCCGGACUUUAACUGGAUUAAUCAAUGUUGGUAGUGUAGAUUGCCAACAGUAUCAUUCUUUUUGUGCCCAAGAAAACGUCCAGAGAUACCCUGAGAUAAGAUUUUUUCCUCAAAAAUCAAAUAAAGCUUAUGAAUAUUAUAGCUACAAUGGUUGGAGUAGGGAUGCAUAUUCCUUAAGAAUCUGGGGUCUAGGAUUUUUACCUCAAGUCUCCAUAGAGCUAACACCUCAGACUUUCAAUGAGAAAGUUUUACAAGGGAAAAAUCACUGGGUGGUUGAUUUCUAUGCUCCAUGGUGUGGGCCUUGCCAAAAUUUUGCCCCAGAGUUUGAACUCUUGGCUAGGAUGGUCAAAGGAAAAGUGAAAGCCGGAAAAGUAGACUGUCAGGCUUAUUCUCAGACCUGCCAGAAAGCUGGUAUCCGAGCCUAUCCAACUGUUAAAUUUUACCCCUAUGAAAAAACGAAGAAAAAUACUUGGGGAGAGCAAAUAGAUGUCAGAGAUGCAAAAGAGAUUGCUGCCUUAAUAUUUAAAAAACUGGAAACGCUACAAAAUCAAAGGAAGAGAACCAAGGCACUGGCCAGGCAUCCUCAUGAGAGUGACAUCGUCUUUAAACCCCGCAUGGCAAUCCCUGUCGCAAGGCCGUGA